GGAGGAGAAGGCAGGAAAGGCAUUUCCCCGCUCCACUCCCACCCAGCAAGCGGCCUCUGGGUCUUCCUGGCUUUUGCUUGAAAUGCUGACAGGGAAUCUGGUUAUACUGGUACAAUAGUUGACUUUUGGCGACCCCUAAUGGUUCAGGUUAUACAGCAGGGGAAAGACACCUUUGAUGCCUCCUUUGCCAUCUCGCCUGUUUGGUGAAAGGAAAAGAGCCGCCAUGCAGCCAGCUCAGGGUGGGGUGUCCUUUGAAGAGGUGGCUGUGCAUUUCUCCCAGGGGGAGUGGAGCCUGCUGCACCCAGCCCAGAGAGCUCUCUACAAGGAAGUCAUGCUGGAGAAUUUUGGCCAUGUGGCCUCUCUGGGACCUCAGAUUGCCAAACCUGACCUAAUAUCCUGGCUGGAGAAAGAGCUGUUUCUCCUGAUCCCUGAGGAAGAGGGGGGCUUGGCAGCAGGAGGCAUCUGGGAGUCAGCGGCCAAAACAUCUGACCAUUCAGGGAUGGAGAAAAAUUACACAUAUUCAGAUGGGAAAGAAAACAAUGAAUAUUGUGAUGUAUUGAGGAAGGAGGUGGGAAAACACCCCCAUAAUAGGAGGAAUAAUCCAGUUCUUUUACAUGAUGAUGAUUCUCUAUUGCAAAACAUAUAUAAAGAAGAUAAUAUGAAUGAGCUCACUGCAAUUAGGGAAAAAUCACCUGAAAAAUCAGAUAUUAAUAGUCAAUAUAGCAUCAAUAAAAAAGAGAAAAUUUAUAAAUGCCUAGAGUGUAAGAAAAGCUUUGGGCGGAAAGAUGGCCUAAAUUGCCAUCAAAGGAUUCACACAGGAGAGAAACCAUAUAAAUGCCAAGAGUGUGGAAAACGCUUUGGGCGGAAGGAUAACUUAACUGUUCAUCAAAGGAACCACACAGGGAAAAAACCAUAUAAAUGCCUUGAGUGUGAAAAAUGUUUUGGACGGAAGGAUAACUUAAUUGUUCAUCAAAGGAUUCACACAGGGGAGAAACCAUAUAAAUGCCUGGAAUGUGGAAAAGGCUUCAGUGAUAGUAGAAACCUUAUUACCCAUCAAAGGAUUCACAAAGCAGAGAAACCGUAUAAAUGUCUGGAGUGUGGAAAAUGUUUCAGUCACAGUGGACGACUUUUUGACCAUCAAAGGAUUCACACAGGGGAGAAACCAUAUAAAUGUCUGGAAUGUGAAAAAUCUUUUGGGCGGAAGGAUAGCUUAACUGUUCAUCAAAGGAUUCACACAAGGGAAAUGCCAUACAAAUGCCUGGAAUGUGGAAAAAGCUUUAGAGAGAGUAAAAGCCUAACUAUGCACCGAAGAAGUCAUAAAGAGGAGAAACCAUAUAAAUGCCUGGAAUGUGGGAAUGGCUUCAGUGAUAGUGGAAGCCUUACUUUCCAUCAAAGGAUUCACAUAGAGGAGAAACCAUAUAAAUGCCUGGAGGGUGGCAAAAGCUUCAGUGAGAAUAGAAACGUAACUACCCAUCGAAGAAGUCAUACAGGGGAAAAAUCAUAUAAAUGCCUGGAGUGUAGCAAAAGCUUCAGUAAGAGUAGAAGCCUAAUUAGCCAUCAAAGAAGUCAUACAGAGGACAAACCAUAUAAAUGCCUGGAGUGUGGGAAAUGCUUCACUCAGAAUGGAAGGCUUACCAUCCAUCAAAGAAGUCAUACAGGAGAAAAACCAUAUAAAUGCCCGGAAUGUGAGAAAUGUUUCAGUCAGAGUGGACAACUUACAGCCCAUCUAAGAAUUCAUACUGGGGAGAAACCAUAUAAAUGCCUGGAGUGUGGGAAAAGCUUUCGGUGGAAGGAUAGCCUCACUGUUCAUCAAAGGAGCCACACUGGCGAGAAACCCUAUAAAUGCCUGGAAUGCGGCAAAAGAUUUACUAAGAGUGGAAUACUUGCUGUCCAUCAAAGAAGUCAUACAGAGGAGAAACCCUAUAAAUGCCUGGAAUGUGGGAAAAGCUUCAGUGAGAGAAGAAGUCUAACUACCCAUCGAAGGAUUCACUCAGGGGAGAAGCCAUAUAUAUGCCUGAAAUGUGGGAAAGGCUUCAGAGAAAAUAAAAUACUUUCUGUCCAUCAAAGAAUUCACACAGGGGAGAAGAAAUAUGAAUGCCUGGAAUGUGGAAAAAACUUCAGUCAGAGUGGAAGCCUUACUUCCCAUCGAAGGAUUCACACAGGGGAGAAACCAUAUCAGUGCCUGGAGUGUGGAAAGUGCUUCAGUCACAGUGGAAGCCUUACGGUCCAUCAAAGAAUUCACACAGGAGAGAAGAAAUAUAAAUGCCUGGAAUGCGGAAAAAACUUCAGUCAGAGUGGAAGCCUUAUUUCUCACCAAAGAAUUCACACAGGGGAGAAGGCAUCAAAAUUAUUGGAGCAUGAAAAAAGCUUCAAUCAUAGCAAUUCUGCAGGGUGCAAAAGGUGGGCGGGAGCUGGGAAGGUCCCCAGCUGCACCCAAAUUAGCGCAUUUCUUGUCCCCCUCCCCUUUGCACCUUUCCGGGCUGUUGCUGGACUGGAGGGAUCUGACUACAUCGAAAAGACUCUGUUGAUUUGUUCAUUCCCUCCUCCUUUGUGUGGUGAAGGGAGAAGAACCGCCAUGCAUCCAGCUCAGGAUUUGGUGUCCUUUGAAGAGGUGGCUGUGCGUUUCACCCGGGGGGAGUGGGCCCUGCUGCGCCCAGCCCAGAGAGCUCUCUACAAGGAAGUCAUGCUGGAGACUUUUGGGAACGUGGCCUCCCUGGGAUUGCAGAUUGCCAAACCUGACCUCGUAUCCUGGCUGGAAGAGGAGGAAGAGCUGCUUCCCCUGACCUCUGAUGAAGAGGAGAGAUUGGCAGGAAGCAGCUCGGGUCUGUCAUGGGAUGGCGUGGGGCCUGCAGCUCCUUGCAAAGGAGGCGUGUGGGAGAUGACAAAUGAACCAAAAGAGCAUCCCGUGAUGGUGGAAGAGGAAGCAUUUCCCCAUCUGAAAGACUACGUUGAACAUUGUUAUAAGCAGAGUAAGGAAGAGGGGGAAAACUCACCCAAAGAAAGAUAUAAUUCUAGUCACUUACAGGAUAAGGAUUCUCAGCACCAAAAAAUAUACAGAGACAGUAGGAGUGAGCACACUGCAAGAGGGGAAAAUGAUCCUGAAAAGUCAUGUAUUAAUAAAUGUGGAGAUUGUGGGGAAAUAUUCAGGCGCGGUGGAAGCCUAAUUUCCCAUCAAAGAAUUCACACAGGGGAGAAACCAUAUCAGUGUCUGAAGUGUGGGAAAAGAUUCAGGCAGAGUGGGCAUCUUACUGUUCAUCAAAGAAUUCAUACAGGAGAGAAACCCUAUAAAUGUCUGCAGUGUGGAAAAAGCUUCAAGGAAAGUGGAAAUCUUACUGUCCAUCAAAGAGUUCACACAGGGGAGAAACCGUAUAAAUGCCUAGACUGUGGGAAAAGAUUCAGUCAUAGCAGAACUCUUAAAGUCCAUCAAAGAGUUCACACUGGGGAGAAAACAUAUAAAUGUCUGGAGUGUGGGAAAAUAUUCAAAAAACGCGGAAAACUUACUGUCCAUCAAAGAAUUCACACAGGGGAGAAUCCCUAUAAAUGUCUGGAGUGUGGGAAAAGAUUCAGGCAGAUAGGAAAUCUUACUGUCCAUCAAAGAGUUCACACUGGGGAGAAAACAUAUAAAUGUCUGGAGUGUGGGAAAAUAUUCAAAAAACGUGGAAAACUUACUGUCCAUCAAAGAAUUCACACAGGAGAGAAUCCCUAUAAAUGUCUGGAGUGUGGGAAAAGAUUUAGGCAGAUAGGAAAUCUUACUGUCCAUCAAAGCGUUCACACGGGGGACAAACCCUAUAAAUGCCUGGAGUGUAGGAAAAGAUUCAGGCUGAGAGGUAGUCUUACUGUUCAUCAAAGAAUUCACACAGGGGAGAAACCAUAUAAGUGUCUACAGUGUGGAAAAAGCUUCAAGGAAAGUAGAAAACUUACUGUCCAUCAACGAAUUCACAUAGGGGAGAAACCAUAUCAAUGUCUGGAGUGUGGGAAAAGAUUCAGGCAGAGUGGACAUCUUACUGUCCAUCAAAGAGUUCACACUGGGCAGAAACCCUAUAAAUGCCUGGAGUGUGGGAAAAGAUUCAGGCAGAGUGGAGAACUUACUGUUCAUCAAAGAAUUCAUACAGGGGAGAAACCAUACAAAUGCCUGGAGUGUGGGAAAAGAUUCAGUCACAGCGGAGGUCUUACUGUCCAUCAAAGAGUUCACACAGGGGAGAAACCAUAUCAAUGUCUGGAGUGUGGGAAAAGAUUCAGGCUGAGUGGAGAACUUACUGUUCAUCAAAGAAUUCAUACAGGGGAGAAACCCUAUAAAUGCCUGGAGUGUGGGAAAAGAUUCCGUCACAGCGGAACUCUUACUGUGCAUCAAAGAGUUCACACAGGAGAGAAAUCCUAUAAAUGCUUGGAUUGUGGAAAAAUCCUGAAGGAAAGUGGAAAACUUACUGACCAUCAAAAAAUUCACACAGGCAAGAAACCAUCUAAAUGUUUGGAGUGUGGAAAAAAAUUCAGGCAGAAUGGAGAUCUUACAGUUCAUCAGAGAUUUCACACAGUGGAGAAACCAUAUCAAUGUCUGGCAUGUGGGAAAAGAUUUAGGAAGAGUGGAAAUCUUACUGUCCAUCAAAGAGUUCACACUGGGGAGAAACCCUAUAAAUGCCUGGAGUGUGGAAAGGGCUUCAGUCAGAUUGGAAACCUUAAGUCCCAUCAAAGAAUUCACGAAGGGAAGAAAGCCUAGAAAUCUCCGAUUGGAUCCCUAUAGACAUUCUAGAAUGAUAGAGAAAAAAUAAUUGCCACUCUGUGAGGCCCAGGUUUCAUAGAGAGUACAUCGGCUUCCGUGGUAACACUCAGCAAUCCCUGAUUCCUGGUGACACUAGUCCCUGAGCAGUGUCCAAUGCCAUCCCUCUGAGCGGCAGAAACAAGCCCAACCAGCCAGUGCCUUCCGGUGCAGCCACAGCCCUUCUUCUGCCCACCCCACCUCCUGCCCACUGAAUCUACAGAGGACAGGCAGGAAAGGCACAGCCACUGCAAAGCCCCAAAAGAGGAGCAUGGAGACCCUGGCAGGAGCCACUGCACCCCCACAGAUGAGUCCUGUAGGGCAUCCAACCUUCAAGUGAAGCCUGCACUUCUCACAGAAUUAUCCCUCAUCUCCAGCCCACAGAGACCACUUCCAUUGGAGGAAAUGACAGCUUCAGAAAGUUGACUCUUAUGGCAUCACCAUCUUGUUGCGUUUCAUCUCCUCCUAAAACUCAGCUCUCCCCAAGAACCACCACAAAUCUCCAAAAGUGUCCCGAAGUAAAGAUGAUAACUCUACGUGUCUGACUCACGGCCUGUUGCUUACCUUGCUUCUGCUAAGCAGUGUUAUCAUAAAUGGCAGGUUGUGUGUGUGGAUUAUAUGACAUCUUCCCCAGCAAAUGCUUUAACAUGCCCCCCCCCCAGACAAAAGGCCACCCAUUCUCCUGGCAACGGCUUGACUGGCAGCAUAAGGCAGAGUCCAGGCUCAAACCCAUGGUAACUACAACCAAGACUGGAGCCCUUACUACCUGGCCAGCUGAGCACACACCGAGGGGAGCACUGUUGUGUCAUAGGCAUUCAUCACCCCAGCAAUAUGGGGCCAGGACAAAGAAAGGGAUGGCCUAGUGCCAAAACGUUUGGAUUGCACCAAAGGUCACAGGUUUGAUGGCCACCUGGGGAGACGCCCGAACUAGGCUAGCCAUGGACAGGUGUUCUGCCCCUGCAACCCUCAGAAGGGGAGAUGGGGUGGCCCAGGUGACAGCCUCACCAGACAGCCCUAAUUUUGUCUGACAUGCCCCUUCACAGAUCCUGCCUGGCACACUCAGUGAACUUUCAGUGCCCUUCCACCCCAGUCCCUCUUCCACACACCUGCCCUGUUACCCACAUAGGCAUUCUCCUAAUUAAUUGGGGGAAUGAGACAACUAGGAUUCUCCACCUAUUGUCAUGAAUGCAUCCUUGCCAUCAAUGUGUUCUGCUUUCUCUGUUGAAUUACAGUGUAAACUACGCUGAACUAAGGAGGCAUGGUUUGCCUGUCAAAUUGUUAUCAGUUAUAUGUACUUUCACUCUCUGCUGCAAGUGGCCUUGAAGGCCAGAUGUGUAACACAGCUCAUGUAUCCUUUCUUACAGAUUGUGAUGAUUUAAUACUGUGAUGUGUCUAGAACACCCUUAUCAA